UUUAGUGGUUUUGUGAGGUGAAUUUUGACCCCUUGGGAAUGCUGUAGUUCAGUAAGAAGAAGGGUAUGGAGGCAAAUAGAAGACUAGACGAACAGCAGCAAGUAAGAAGACAAAGAAUGCAAACAUUCCAAGAUGUAUUCCAGAAGGUGGAGAAGAUUGGAGAAGGCACCUACGGAGUAGUAUAUAAGGCCAGAAACAAACAGACUGGCCUGUUAGUUGCUUUGAAGAAGAUCCGUCUAGAUUCGGAGACAGAAGGCGUUCCCAGUACAGCAAUCAGAGAAAUCUCUCUGCUGAAAGAAUUGAAACAUCCAAACAUAGUGAGGCUUCUUGAUGUGAUACAUAGUCAGAAGAAACUCUAUCUAGUCUUUGAAUACCUGGAUCAGGACCUUAAGAAGUACAUGGACUCAUCUCGUACAGGGGAGCUGCCUUUAAGUUUGGUCAAGAGCUAUCUUCAUCAACUUCUACAAGGUGUGAGCUUCUGUCACUCCCACAGAGUCAUUCAUAGAGAUCUGAAGCCACAGAACUUGCUUAUAAAUGAAAUGGGGGCCAUCAAACUAGCUGAUUUUGGCCUAGCUAGAGCCUUUGGUGUUCCGCUGCGUACUUACACUCAUGAGGUUGUAACCUUAUGGUAUCGGGCUCCUGAAAUUUUACUGGGUUGUAAAUACUACUCAACAGCUGUGGAUAUCUGGAGCAUUGGCUGCAUAUUUGCUGAAAUGGUGACCAGAAAAGCCUUGUUUCCUGGGGACUCUGAAAUUGAUCAGCUCUUCCGCAUUUUCCGCACUCUUGGUACACCUACUGAAUCAUUGUGGCCAGGAGUGACUCAGCUUCCUGACUACAAAGGGAAUUUCCCAAAAUGGCCAAGAAAAGACAUGAAGGUGCUAAUUCCAAACUUAGACCGAGAUGGAAGAGACUUACUUGUUCAACUCCUACUGUAUGAUCCGAACAGGCGCAUCUCAGCCAAAGCAGCUUUGACCCACCAAUAUUUCUGGCAGACUCCGCCGCGGGAUACCAAAGAGCAAUGUGUGGUAGAGCGGUAUGGCCCAUGAGAGGAGGCAGCUCUGGGCAGUGCUUCACUGAAAUAGCCCUCUGGAUUAACCCUUCCUAAUAACUGAGCAAGGGAGUAGCUUGCAGUUGGAAUUGGAAUGGCUGUAGAGGGUGAAACUUGUUCAUUCUGGUUUAGAUGUUCUCAGGCUUUUCCUGGGGUUAAUAUUAUAUUCAUAUAGAUUUUAACUGUUCUAAAUGGUACGGCUCCUUAUGAUGGCUGUUACAUGUUCUUUCAAAAUAGACAAACUUGGUGUUCUUCACACUUGAUGAGGAGAAAUGUGACCUGGUAAGAUUGCUGUCUAUUUGAAGUGAUGGAAUGGGGCAAAAGUUUAGCUAAAUCCAACGUCAACAACCACCUAUAAUUUGAUCUUUGCUGUGGUCCAGAUAUUGCAUCACAGACAUUAUAGAAAUUUAGGUGGCACAGCCUGCAAAAGGUACAGUGCCACAGGGGAUAUCAUGACAUUUACUUCCCUCUUAUUAAUAUGAUAGCUUUUGGCUGGGGGUUCACCACACUGGUGGUGAUUAACCAUGCUCAAGAGGACAUUGUGGGGGAACCAGACAUUAUGGAACCACCCAGAAAUGCAAUAGAUUGUACUUUCUUUUUGUAUCCUUCAUCAGCAUACCUUUUUACGGUAGGAAACUUUUCCCCUCAAACUAGAACAAGAAAUCAGUUUAAAAGGCCCAAACACCCUCAUAUGUUAAGGAUGGACUUUUUGGAGACGUGAUUGGGCUUUUCAAGGAUAUUAAGAGUUUUCAAUUCUAAUUUAAUGAGAAUGUGAACAUUUUUGAUCAUCAGUGUGCCAAGGGAAAGGCUGAAUGAGCUAGAUAGUGCAGGUUGUCAAAUAAUAACUAUUAAUAUUAAUAACUUCAUUUGCCAACCUUGCACUACACGAGGUUGGAUCCACAGAUGCUUUGCUCAUGGAACGCUCCUGCUUAUAGAAAGAGGGAGAGAUUCCUUCUCUCUCUCCUCUGAUGCCCACUGAAAAUGUUCUGAAGGGCUGGGGGACCCUCUGGAAUAUUUUAGGAGGUUGUAGAGGAAAUUAGUGAAAAUUCCCUCCCCCCUUCUGUCUACUUGGAUCAAAAUCACUGUUUAGUUAUAGGUUUAUUUUUUAAAACCUUGCUACUGGUGUUUUAAGUCAUUUUCAUCAUAAACUGUUAAUGUUAUUGUAGUUGUUUUUGUACGCACUACAUAAAACAAA